AUGGCCUCUCUCAAAGUACUUGGUCUCUUUCUCUUUGUGCUUGUUUUGCUUCCUCCCCCAGUGCACUGCAAUGAGGAAGAUGAUCUUCUUAUGGGCAUCAACAGUUUCCGGCGCUCGGCGAAUCUUCCGGCGCUCGCUAAAAACGGCAACGCAGACUGCCUUUCCGACGAAAUCGCCGACGAAUUAGGGGACGAGCCUUGCUCCAGCGCAACCAACGGCGCCAGCAUUGUUCCAAGCAACUCCACAACGCUACUCCCCGACCUCCCCAAGCACUUAAAGAAGUGCAAAAUCAAUCCAAACAGCACGGCAGAAGGGAUCAUAAUGCCAGUUUGCGUGCCCAAACUGGUUUCAACCCUUGUGCUUACAAACUACACUCACACUCCGUACGCCAAGUAUCUCAACAGCUCGAAGUACAGCGGCGUCGGCGUCGGUGCCGAGGAUGAUUGGAUGGUGGUUGUUUUGAGCACCGACACGGUGGGUGGAAGUUUUGCUGGCGCCGUCUCUUUGGUUUCGGGGGUUGGUUUGGCUCAGUGCCUGGCGUCUUUGUUGUUGGGUUUGUUUGUUGUUUUUUGA